GUGAGGAUGAUUAAGUAAUCUAUUAUUCCCUAUCACCAUGUAGCAUUUCGUUGAAGAUGACAAUAGUGAAGAUGAUAAAUUUGAGGAGAAUCUUGAAAAACAAUACGCUGUAAUUCAGUUACAUAUAUUGUAGUUAUACCCUAAAGCUAGUAAUAAGAGACCUGAAUCCAAACAUGGCAGGCCUGAGAGUUCCAAAUUUUCGUAUAAAAAAUAAGAAUAGCAAAUCAUAGAAUAAUAGCCAAAGCUAUUGGAAGCCAUACCUACUUCUCCAGCUCUCAGGAAGUUUAACUAAUUAGUUUCAUUUCACAAAAUACAGAUUGAAUAAUUCUGGAAGAAUCAUACGAUUAUGGCUUCUUAAACAGAAUUCAUUGGUUUUCUGUUAGAAUCAGGUACUUUAUCAUUAAUAAAUAAGGAUUCCAAUUUGAACAAUAUGAAAUCAAUUCAAUUCUUAGUGAUUUAUCUAAUGAUCGUGGUGUUAUCACUAUUGAAAGUCUUUGUAAGAAAGUACCUGCAUGGCAUUAAAAUGAGAGUAUUUUCUUCAAUCUAAUUAUUCACUAUAGAUGCUAUGUUAGAAUUUAUAAGGGAAAAAGCUCUCAAAUUAGCUCAGGAAUCCAAGAGAAAGUUCUCUGCGUAAAAGAAACCGAAGCCACAAUCUGCAAGUACUAAGCGCAGCGGUUUCAAUAAAGGAGAAUCUAGGCCAAUCAGCGGCAUUUCAAAAAAGUAUUAAUCCGGAUUCAGCGAUUUGAAAAUGUAAUUCUAAACUUGCCACAUAUAGAUCCAACAUUAAUGAUAAACCAUUGUAAAAUAGAUCCAAACACUACCUAUUAUUGGCUAAGCAAAGACAACAAGAAGAGGACCGACUUCUCCAAUUGACAAUUAACUAAGGCAAGAAUGAGUACGAAUAUGAGAUGCUCAUUAAAAUGGGAGAAGCCAAUGAAUUGUCUUAAGAACUAGAUAGUAAAAUUACAUACAGAGCAUACAAGACUGCACAAGGACACUUGAAGGUGCAUGUCUAUGAAUUGGAGCACUUUUAAAGAGAUCUUGCUUUGGAGGAGUUUUAAAGAGAAUACAAUAUUCUAAGGAGCAGAUAUAAUGAGAAAAAGAAGUUGAAAAUCUGGGAAGUGCUCAGUGAAAAGAAGAAAAAUCAAAAGAGUCUCUAGCAUUUUGGAUCCUCUCAAAAAGAAGAAAUCAAAUAAAAUGAGGUUGAUGGCAAAGCAGCGAAUAAGAAAGAAAGACAACAAGAAUUAAAGAAGGUGCUUUUGGAAACAAUGAUGCUUUCGAAUGUUCUGAAGGAGCAACUGGUGGUAUUGAAUAGGAAGGGUAUCAACGCUAUUCUUAACCAAAGUGUAAAAUUAUGA